CGGCCCCCCGCGUGCAACCCUGCCGCCUCUGGGCCGCUAAGGAGGGCACUGAUCUUCGAUCGCGAAGAUGGCUGCUGGCUGCCUGCUGGCCUUGGCUCUAACACUUUUCCAAUCUUGGCUGAUCGGCCCCUCGUGCGAGGAGCCCUUCCCUUCGGCCGUCACUAUCAAGUCAUGGGUGGAUAAGAUGCAAGAAGAUCUUGUCACACUGGCCAAAACAGCAAGUGGAGUGACUCAGCUUGCCGAUAUUUAUGAAAAAUAUCAAGAAUUGUAUACCGUGGAGCCAAAUAAUGCACGCCAGCUGGUGGAAAUUGCAGCCAGAGACAUUGAGAAACUCCUGAGCAACCGUUCUAAGGCUCUGGUGCGCCUGGCUAUGGAAGCUGAGAAAGUCCAAGCAGCCCACCAGUGGAGGGAAGAUUUCGCAAGCAAUGAAGUUGUCUACUACAAUGCUAAAGAUGAUCUUGAUCCUGAAAGAAAUGAGAGUGAACCAGGCAGCCAACGAAUUAAACCUGUUUUUAUUGAAGAUGCUAAUUUUGGACGCCAGAUAUCCUAUCAACAUGCAGCGGUCCAUAUUCCCACGGACAUCUAUGAGGGCUCAACCAUAGUGUUAAAUGAACUCAACUGGACAAGUGCCUUAGAUGAAGUUUUCAAAAGAAAUCGAGAUGAAGACCCAACAUUGCUGUGGCAGGUGUUCGGCAGUGCCACUGGACUGGCCCGGUAUUAUCCAGCUUCUCCCUGGGUGGAUAAUAGUAGAACUCCAAACAAGAUUGAUUUGUAUGAUGUACGCAGAAGACCAUGGUAUAUCCAGGGUGCUGCAUCCCCCAAGGACAUGCUUAUUCUGGUGGACGUGAGUGGAAGUGUGAGUGGAUUGACUCUGAAGCUCAUCAGAACAUCUGUCUCUGAAAUGCUAGAGACCCUCUCGGAUGAUGAUUUCGUGAAUGUAGCUUCAUUUAACAGCAAUGCUCAGGACGUAAGCUGUUUUCAGCACCUGGUCCAGGCGAAUGUGAGAAACAAGAAGGUGUUGAAAGAUGCUGUAAAUAACAUCACAGCCAAAGGGAUAACAGAUUAUAAGAAGGGCUUUAGCUUUGCGUUUGAGCAGCUGCUUAAUUAUAAUGUUUCCAGAGCGAAUUGCAACAAGAUCAUCAUGUUAUUCACAGAUGGAGGAGAAGAGAGAGCCCAGGAGAUAUUUGCCAAAUACAACAAAGACAAAAAAGUCCGUGUGUUUACAUUUUCUGUUGGUCAGCAUAAUUAUGACAGAGGACCUAUUCAGUGGAUGGCUUGUGAAAACAAAGGUUAUUAUUAUGAAAUUCCCUCCAUUGGCGCAAUAAGGAUCAAUACUCAGGAAUAUCUAGAUGUUCUUGGAAGACCAAUGGUUUUAGCAGGAGACAAAGCGAAGCAAGUCCAGUGGACAAAUGUGUAUUUGGAUGCACUGGAGCUGGGACUUGUCAUUACUGGAACUCUGCCGGUCUUCAAUGUCACUGGACAAUCUGAAAAUAAGACAAACUUAAAGAACCAGUUGAUUCUUGGUGUGAUGGGCGUUGAUGUUUCUCUGGAAGAUAUAAAGAGACUGACACCACGUUUUACACUGUGCCCCAAUGGCUACUAUUUUGCAAUUGAUCCUAAUGGCUAUGUCUUAUUGCAUCCAAAUCUUCAGCCAAAGCCUAUUGGUGUAGGCAUACCGACAAUUAAUUUAAGAAAAAGGAGACCCAACGUUCAGAACCCCAAAUCACAGGAGCCAGUCACACUGGACUUCCUCGAUGCAGAGUUAGAGAAUGACAUUAAAGUGGAGAUUCGAAAUAAAAUGAUAGAUGGAGAAAGUGGAGAAAAAACAUUCAGAACUCUGGUCAAAUCUCAAGAUGAGAGAUAUAUUGACAAAGGAAAUCGAACAUACACAUGGACACCUGUCAAUGGCACAGAUUACAGUUUGGCCUUGGUAUUGCCAACCUACAGUUUUUACUAUAUAAAAGCCAAAAUAGAAGAGACAAUAACUCAGGCCAGAUCAAAAAAGGGAAAAAUGAAGGAUUCAGAAACCCUGAAGCCAGACAAUUUUGAAGAAUCUGGCUAUACCUUCAUAGCACCAAGAGAAUACUGCAAUGACCUUAAACUCUCUGAUAAUAAUACUGAAUUUCUUUUAAAUUUCAAUGAAUUUAUUGACAGAAAAACUCCAAAUAACCCUUCCUGUAAUACAGAUUUAAUUAAUAGAAUCUUGCUGGAUGCUGGUUUUACAAAUGAACUUGUCCAAAAUUACUGGAGUAAGCAGAAAAAUAUCAAAGGAGUGAAAGCACGCUUUGUGGUGACUGAUGGUGGGAUUACAAGAGUUUAUCCGAAAGAAGCUGGAGAAAAUUGGCAAGAAAACCCAGAGACGUAUGAGGACAGCUUCUACAAGCGGAGCUUAGAUAAUGAUAACUAUGUUUUCACUGCGCCCUACUUUAACAAAAGUGGACCUGGUGCGUAUGAAUCUGGCAUUAUGGUAAGCAAAGCCGUAGAACUGUAUAUCCAAGGAAAACUUCUUAAGCCUGCAGUUGUGGGAAUAAAAAUCGAUGUAAAUUCCUGGAUAGAAAAUUUUACCAAAACUUCAAUCAGGGAUCCGUGUGCUGGUCCAGUUUGUGACUGCAAAAGAAACAGUGAUGUAAUGGAUUGUGUGAUUCUCGAUGAUGGCGGAUUUCUUCUGAUGGCAAACCAUGAUGAUUACACUAACCAGAUUGGACGUUUUUUUGGAGAGAUUGAUCCAAGCUUGAUGAGACAUCUGGUUAAUAUAUCAGUUUAUGCAUUCAAUAAAUCAUAUGACUAUCAAUCAGUUUGUGAUCCAGGUGCUGCACCAAAGCAAGGGGCAGGACAUCGUUCAGCAUAUGUGCCAUCAAUUGCAGACAUAUUGCAGAUUGGCUGGUGGGCCACAGCUGCAGCUUGGUCUAUUCUCCAGCAGUUACUCUUGAGUUUGACAUUUCCACGGAUCCUGGAGGCAGUUGAGAUGGAGGAGGAUGACUUCACUGCCUCCCUGUCAAAGCAGAGCUGUAUCACGGAACAAACGCAGUACUUCUUCGAUAAUGAUAGUAAAUCAUUCAGUGGUGUACUGGACUGUGGAAACUGUUCCAGAAUCUUUCAUGUAGAAAAACUUAUGAACACCAACUUAGUAUUCAUAAUGGUGGAGAGCAAGGGAACAUGUCCAUGUGACACACGGCUACUCAUGCAAGCAGAACAGACUUCUGAUGGUCCAGAUCCUUGUGAUAUGGUUAAGCAACCCAGAUACCGAAAAGGGCCUGAUGUCUGCUUUGAUAAUAAUGUCCUGGAGGACUAUACUGACUGUGGUGGUGUUUCUGGAUUAAAUCCUUCCUUGUGGUCUAUCAUUGGACUUCAAUUUCUACUCCUUUGGCUGGUAUCGGGCAGCAGACACUACCUAUUAUGAUCUUCUAGACCCCAGAUCUGCAACUAUAAAUCCAGACCCUGCCCACACAUGAGCCCUCAGUUACAUUAAAAUAGAGUCAAUUGAAGAAGCUACACAGAACAUUAGCUGGGCCUCUACCACGGCAUAAAUCUAAGGCUCAGAUCCUUGAUCACUCACUGACUGCAUGUCAGGGUGUUGGAGCCUGAAGCCUGUGUGAAUGCUGCAUCAUCUAUGUCUAACGUCAAAGUAAAACUCUUGUCCGUGCUCGGUGGGAAGUUUGGGAGUUCACUGUUGUGCCAUUGGUGAUUACAUGUAAAAGGCUCCCCCACGCAGGUGUUAGGAAAAGAAGAAGUGUCUUGACUUUGACCUAGGAUUUCAACCUGCUACAGUUUUACCAAAAAGGAGAAAAGGAAAAAAGGAAAGAAAAAACAAAGCCCUAGUGGGGGGCAAUGAUAUUUUUGCCUUCACUUAUUUUCUGUUAAAAAGUAAUUCAUGCUAUAAGUAGUUAUAAUAGAGAGAGAGG